GGAAAUUCGUUGUUAACCUGGUUGGUACAGUGGUAGACUAGGUGAUAAACAAACAUCCCGACAAGGAAAGUUUCAGCUGCGAUGAAUAAAGAUGGCUUUAUUGGAACUGUACACCAAGUACAACAGAGUGUGGAUACCAGAUGAAGAACAUGUGUGGAAAUCAGCUGAGAUCAAGAGAGACUUCCACUCCGGGGACAGUGUUCUCGUACUGCUUCUUGAAGAUGGCAACGAGCACUGCUACUCUGUUGACCCAGCCAUUCCUCAACUCCCUCCUCUCCGAAACCCGGACAUCUUGGUGGGGGAGAAUGACCUCACGGCUCUCAGCUACCUGCACGAACCUGCGGUCCUGCACAAUCUCAAAGUGCGAUUUGUGGAGUCCAAAAUCAUCUACACCUACUGCGGUAUUAUUCUGGUGGCUGUAAAUCCUUAUAAACAGCUUCCUAUCUAUGGAGAUGCCAUCAUUCAUGCCUACUCAGGCCAGAACAUGGGAGACAUGGACCCUCAUAUAUUUGCAGUGGCAGAGGAGGCUUACAAACAGAUGGCCAGAAACCACAAGAACCAGUCCAUCAUCGUCAGCGGUGAAUCGGGAGCCGGUAAAACUGUGUCUGCUAGAUACGCCAUGAGGUACUUUGCCGUCGUGAGCAAAUCUGGAAGUAAGACUCGAGUUGAAGACAAAGUCCUGGCAUCCAAUCCGAUAACAGAGGCGAUAGGAAACGCAAAGACCACCAGGAAUGACAACAGCAGCCGGUUUGGCAAAUACACUGAGAUCAGCUUUGACAAGAGGUACCGGAUCAUCGGAGCAAACAUGAGGACGUACCUGCUGGAGAAGUCCAGAGUGGUGUUUCAGGCAGACAACGAACGUAAUUAUCACAUAUUCUACCAGAUGUGUUCCUGUGCACACCUGCCAGAGUUCAAGAACCUGAGACUGUUGAGUGCGGAUGAGUUCAGGUACACCUGCAUGGGUGGUGAUAUUAGUAUCGAAGGCGUAGAUGACCAGAAGGACAUGCAAGAGACUCGACGGACCUUCUCGCUGCUCGGAUUGAACGAGGACUUUCAGUCAGAUGUGUUUAAAGUUCUCGCAGCCAUUCUGCAUCUGGGGAAUGUGGAGAUCAGAACCGUGGGAGACGACAGAUCGUCAGUCCCUUCCGACGACCCACACCUGGCCGUGUUCUGUGAGCUGCUCUGUGUGAGCGCAGAGGAGCUGGUGCGCUGGCUGUGCCAUCGAAGGAUCGUCCUGGUGGCUGAAACGGUCGUGAAGCCGGUGCCUAAGGAGCGGGCGAUAAAUGCCAGAGAUGCCCUCGCUAAGCAGAUCUACGCUCAUCUGUUCGACUGCAUCAUUAACAGGAUAAACACGGCGCUGCAGGUUCCAGGGAAGCAACACGCUUUCAUAGGCGUCCUGGACAUUUACGGCUUUGAAACGUUUGACAUCAACAGCUUCGAACAGUUUUGUAUCAACUACGCAAAUGAAAAGCUUCAGCAGCAGUUUAACCUGCACGUGUUCAAGCUGGAGCAGGAGGAGUACAUGAAAGAGGACAUCCCAUGGACACUGAUAGAUUUCUAUGACAACCAGCCAGUCAUUGAUCUGAUCGAAGCAAAGAUGGGCAUCUUAGACUUGCUUGAUGAAGAGUGCUUUUUCCCUCAAGGCACUGACCAGAGCUGGCUGCAAAAGCUGUUCAACUACCUUGAUGCCAAUCCUCUGUUUGAGAAACCCAGGUUAUCAAAUGAGGCAUUUGUGAUACAGCACUUUGCAGACAAGGUAGAAUAUCAGUGCAGAGGUUUCCUGGAGAAGAACCGAGAUGCUCUCUAUGAGGAACUGCUGGACACGCUGAGAGACAGUAAGUUCCUUUUUCUGGCCGACUUUUUCCAAGAGGAGGAGCAAAACGCUCUGAACACUAAGGGAUUCAAAGUGAGGCCCGCCAGGCCUCCAGUGAAAGCAGCCAAUAAACAGCUGAGAACGUCCGUGGGAGAUAAGUUUCGCAGCUCCCUCUCUUUACUGAUGGAAACACUGAACGCUACCACUCCUCACUAUGUGCGCUGCAUUAAGCCUAAUGAUGAAAAGCUCCCAUUUGAAUACGACUCCAGGAGGGUAGUGCAGCAGCUCCGAGCCUGUGGAGUCCUUGAAACCAUUCGUAUCAGUGCACAGAGCUAUCCCUCCAGGUGGACAUACAUUGAGUUUUACAGCCGAUACUCUAUCCUAAUGUCACAUCUGGAGGCAGACCUCAGUGACAAGAAGCAAACCUGCAAGAACGUGCUGCAGAGGUUGAUUCAGGACCCCAACCAGUACAAGUUCGGCCGGACAAAGAUCUUCUUCCGAGCUGGUCAGGUAGCUUAUCUAGAGAAGCUGCGUCUGGACCGACUUCGCGGAGCUUGUGUAACCAUCCAGAAACAUGUCCGUGGAUGGAGGCAGAGGAGGAAGUACCUGGCCAUCAGAGGGGCAGCCAUCAUCCUCCAACAGUACAUACGUGGAAAGAGAACAGUCCGUAAGGCAGUGACUGCUGAGAAACUGAAACAGGGCUGGGCAGCUGUGGUGAUCCAGAGACACUGGAGAGGCUACCGUGUGAGACAGGUCUACCAUGUGGUUCAUCUGGCCUCCAUCACCAUCCAGGCCUUCACACGAGGUUGGAUAGCUCGUAAACGGUACAAGAAGAUGAAAGAAGAGCACAAAGCACUGGUUAUUCAGAAGUACGCCCGAGCAUGGCUGGCACGGCGGCGAUUUCAAACCAUGCGUCGGCUGGUGCUCAACGUUCAGCUCUCCUACAGGGUGCAGCAGCUCAGAAAGAAGAUCGAAGAGCAGAACAAAGAGAACCGCGGGCUGAUGGAGAGACUAACAAGCUUGGCCAACUCCCACUCUCAAACUGUGGACAGACUUCAGGUGCUGGAGACGCAGCUGGAAAAGUCAACCAACCAGAAGGCGUCUUUGGAGGCAAGGGAGAAGAAAGUGAAAGAAGAUGCUAGUCUGACAAUCGUACAGCUGCGGAAGGAACUAGAGGCACUAAACUCUGAAAAGCAGAACUUGGAGAAAGAUUUUGAAGCUUCCACCAAAGAGGCCAAAGAGAGCUUCGAUCAAGUAAUAAGGAGUCUUCAAGAAGAGAAAGAAGACGAAGUGAGACUUAGAAAAAUCGCAGAGAACAACAUUGAGAUCCAGAGACAGGACCACGAGAAAGAGGUGGAAUCUCUGAAGGAGGAGAUAAAGAGAUUGAAGGAGGAGAGAGUCAGUCUGCAGAGGAAGCUGGAGGAGGGGGAGCAGGUGACCUCUGACCUUCAGGAACAGGUCAUCCAGCUCACCAAGCACGUCAAGAUCAUCCCUGAGCUACGCAGAGACCUGAACAACCUGCAGAAUCAGAGAAACAGCGCGGACCGGAAGCUGAGGCAGCAGUCGGAACAAGCGAAAUCUAAAAUGGACGAGAUCGCAAGACAACUUCUGGGUGGUGUCGUCGAGGAGGAGGUUCUUCUGGGGCUAACUCCACAUGACCCUGACAAGCUUUAUGAGAUGGACGAUUUGCUGGAAGCUUUCGAAGGUCUGCAGAAAGCCACCAGGAUUCUGGAAAACCACCAGAGGGAGCAGAAGGAAAGCUAUGAGACUCAAGUGGAGGGCUUGAAAUUGAAAAUGGAUCACCUUCAAAAUGAGAACAGCAAGCUGCAAAACCUGUUCCAGGAGAAAACCAAUGUCAAUGAACAUAUUCGCCAGGAAGUGUCCAGGCUCAACAGUGAGAACUCAGUCAUACCGGAGCUGAAACUGCAGAUUUCAGAGCUGCAGAGACAAAAGCAAGAGCUCGAAGGCCACGUAGAAGAGAAAAACAGAGAGUUAGAAGACAAAGACAAUGAGAUCACUAACACUCUUCAGAAGAGGAUUACAGAAGAGAGCUUGCAGCGCAGGCACUUUGAGGAGAAAGCUGAAGAGCUGCAGGAGGCGAAGUGCGAGCUUCAGGGCAGAGUGGAGGAGCUGGAAGAGGAGAUCGAUCACCUGAAGAGGCUGCAGCUGAUGGAGAGUGAGGUCAAAAGGAAACUGAGAGAGGAGACGUCACGGUUAACGGCUGAGAACAUGGACUUUGAAGAGCUGCUUGACCAGAAGGACAGAUUAAUAAAGAGACUGCAGAAUCAAAUAAAAAGCAUUGAAAAGUCAGCGAAAGCAAAGCAUACACCUGCGUCUGCCAUUCCUAAAGAUUACCUCGGCAUGUUGGAGUAUAAUAGAGACGAUGAACCCAGGCUCAUUAAAAACAUCAUUCUGGAUCUCAGGCCCAGAGGAGUGGUGGUCAACAUGAUCCCCAACCUGCCGGCUUUCCUCCUCUUCAUGUGCGUCCGACACGCUGACUACCUGAACGACGGCGCCAAACUCAAGUCUCUUAUGAAUGCGAUCAUUGGCGCAGUCAAGAAGGUCAUCGUGAGUUACCACAAAGACUUCGAGCUGUUGUCCUUCUGGCUCUCCAACACCUACCAGCUGCUCAACUGUCUGAAGCAGUACAGCGGGGAGGAGGAGUUCCAAAAACAAAGUACUCCUCGGCAGAAAAAGAACUGCCUGCAGAACUUUGAUUUGUCCGAACACAGACAGAUUCUCAGCGACCUGGCCAUACACAUCUAUCAUCAGUUUAUCACGAUCAUGGAGAAAUCUCUCACUCCUGCUAUUGUGCCAGGUAUGCUGGAGCACGAGAGUCUGCAGGGGAUUUCUAGCAUGAAGCCGACGGGCUUCAGGAAGCGUUCCAGCAGCAUCUAUGAUGAGUCCGAGACCUACACCAUCUCCUCCAUCCUCCAGCAGCUCACGGACUUCCACUCCACCAUGAGCCACCACGGCAUGGACCAGGGGCUCGUCAGACAGGCUGUCAAACAGCUGUUCUUCCUAAUAGGCGCCACCACCCUCAACAACAUGAUGCUCCGCAAAGACAUGUGCUCCUGCAGGAAGGGGAUGCAAAUCAGAUGCAACAUCAGUUAUCUAGAAGAGUGGCUCAAAGAGAAGGAACUUCAAAGCUCUAAUGCCAUUGAUACUCUGAAGCCGCUGUCUCAGGCCGCCUGGCUACUGCAGGUCAACAAGUCGACUGACGAGGACGCCAAGGAGAUCACUGAGAAAUGCACUGAGCUCAGCCCCGUCCAGAUUGUCAAGAUUUUGAAUUCAUACACCCCAAUUGACGAUUUCGAGAAAAGGGUGACAUCAUCAUUUGUCCGCAAAGUUCAGUCGUUACUACAAGAACAUGAAGGCUCUGCACAGCUGAUGGUGGACACAGAUUACCGUUUCCAGGUCAUGUUUCCUUUCUGCCCGUCCUCACAGGCUCUGGAGCUGCUGCAGGUCCCAAACAGUCUUCAUCUGGACUUCCUAACCAGGAUCUGACAAAGCCAACACUUGACCUUUCCUACAUACUGUGUCAGCUAUAGACACAUGUGAACACUUAAAAUAAAAAGAAUGUACAGGACAUAUUUACAAUUUUGAUGAGACACCGAAUGAGGAAAAAAAUCAUCAUAUUUUAUUCUUUUAAACAUGUGAUGUAGUUUUAUAAUAGUUGCUACAAUAACAUCAAUAAACAAAUUCCCCUCAGA